UGGGCCCUUCUUGAGCAUCUCUUGCGAAAGACAGAGAAACCAAUCAUGUCACUUGAAGAAAUAAACAAAGUGAAUAAAACACUUCCAAAUAACUAUCAGUUAAAAAAUCAGGAGGAAAUUUUCGAUUUUCUGUCAUUUUUCCAUGAACAUGGAUUAUUACUGUUUUUUAAAGACGAAGGACUGAGAAAAUAUGCAAUUUUCGGAAUGCAGUGGUUUUCCAAUGCAUUCAGUAAACUUAUUGCAGACAGGAAGCACAUCAGCCAAGACUGCAAUACAAAAUACAUUAAAAAAUGGGAAUGUUUCAACAAAACUGGAAAACUGGAAGAUGAACUUGUCGAAGCUCUCUGGACAGUUGAUCAAUCGUAUUUAGAUCACAAGACAGAACUUAUGCUAUAUAUGGAGAGGUUACUAAUGUUAGUAAGCAUAGUUGAUGGCGCUGACAAAACCUCGUGGUAUGUCCCCUGCAUGAAUAAUAAGAGUUUUACACGCCACAUAUUUAAAAGGAAAUGGAGGUACUCUUCCAUUUUGUGCUUUCGGUUUACAUCCUUUGCUAUGUUCGUGUAUUACAGACUGAUUGCAUACUGCAUGAGUUCCCUUAAGUGGAUUGCACAGCUUGAUGAAGACAAAAGUCCUUGUCUGUAUCACACAGCAGCAAUCUUUGAAACAACAAAAAAUCACACUGUUAUUGUUGGUAUUUUUGAUAAUGACAUCCAGAUACAGGUCAUUAGAAUCAAUAAGUUGCAACUAAAGGUUUCCUGUGAAAUUGGAAGGUCCAUUGAAAAUGCCUUAACACAAUUGACAAAGACAUUUGAGGAAGAGAAAACCUUUCAGAAAGGUUAUAAAUGUUUGAAUGUUUUCUGCAGUGAAGAGGAUAUGUCAUUCAUCCCCGAAAAGAAAUUGUCUGAAGCUAAAGAAAUUCAAUGCAAUUGCCCAAUAGUGGAUAAACACGAAAUAGACGUUCAUGAAACUUUAAUGUUCUGGGAAGAGGAGACAGAGGAAUGUGCUAAUAGCAAGACAUCAGGAUCUUCUGGAUUAAAUCUUGACCGUACUAGAUUUGCCAAAGUUGGAAUGGCGAUUAAUGAUGUAUUGACACAGACCCUUAGAGACAUUUUGCAAAAUAAUAUACCCUCUUCUAAAAUUUUUGUCAAGGUGAAUGCAUCAAAGAGAUAUAAAGAUCUCAAUGGUGAGCAACAAAAUCUUUUGCAAGAUGCCACAAAUUCUGGUUAUGAGAAAUUUGAUAUAACACUUUUGUACACCUUGAUCAGAAAUUUUUCAACAAUCACUAAGCCUACAAGAGGUUGGGGUUUGAAGGCCUUACCUGCACCAGGGGAGAUAACUGAGGGCGAUGACGUGGAAAGGAUCAGACUGAUACGAAACAAUGUGUUUGGUCACGUUAACUCAGCUUCAACCUCACAACCAGUGUUUGAUGAUUGCUGGUCAAUCAUCUCCGAUAUCUGCACGCGACUUGUAAGCUAUACAGGAAAAAGCUACUUGAAUGAUCUUAGUUACAUAAAGAAUCUUUCCUUAGAAGAAAAUAAACGAGAGGCAAUUAUAGAUCAAAUCAAAGUUGAAUGUAAGCAUGACAAAGAAAUCCCUAGAGAAAAAUGCAUUCAAUAG